AUCAAAGUAAAAAGUAAAAAGGUGUGUGCUUUGGAGCUAGUGACUGGUCUGAGCUGAGAGAGAGGGAGAGGGAGAGGCGAUGGCGUACUUGAGCAUGGGGGAGGCGCACAGAAGAAUCAACGACUACCUGAACCGCUUCUGCGACGCCGUUUCGAACCAGGACGGCGAUUUACUCAAGCGCCUUCUUUCUCUCUCCUCCAACAACCCCUCCAUUCUCUCCCUCGCCGACGCCCUCAACGUUUUCCAGGACGCGAAUAGAUUGAUUAAGCAGAACGAUAACUAUGCUCAAUUCGGUGAAAUUCUGGUUCAUCUGUUCCGUGCUUUUCAGAGUUUCCGAGUCGGAAGCUUCGUUGAUUCGUACCAGGCAUUUGAGAAAGCUGCAAAUGCUUUUAUUCAGGAGUUUAGGAACUGGGACACCGCUUGGGCUUUGCAAGCAUUGUAUGUGAUGGUUUAUGAAAUCAGGGUUCUAGCUGAGAGGGCUGAUAAGGAAUUGGCGACGAAUGGGAAAUCGCCAGAGAAGUUGAAGGGAGCUGGCUCUUUCCUUAUGAAAGUAUUUGGGGUUCUUGCUGGUAAAGGCCCAAAACGUGUAGGAGCAUUAUACGUGACUUGCCAGUUGUUUAAAGUUUACUUUAAGCUUGGUACAGUUCACCUUUGUCGCAGUGUGAUAAGGAGUAUUGAAACUGCACGUAUAUUUGAUUUUGAGGAAUUCCCUACGAGAGAUAAGGUUACCUAUAUGUAUUAUACAGGCCGUCUAGAGGUUUUCAAUGAAAACUUUCCUGCUGCUGAUGAUAAAUUGUCCUAUGCCUUGAAGCAUUGCAACCCUCGGAAGGAAGCAAAUAUAAGGAUGAUAUUGAAAUAUUUGAUACCUGUCAAGCUUUCAAUUGGCAUCAUACCAACCGAUUGGCUUCUGCAAAAGUAUAACUUGGUGGAGUAUAGCAAUGUUGUGCAAGCUCUAAGAAGAGGUGACCUCCGACUUCUUCGGCAUGCUCUUCAAGAGCAUGAAGACAGGUUCUUGAGAUCUGGCGUAUAUCUCGUCCUAGAGAAGCUAGAACUUCAGGUCUAUCAGAGAUUGUUGAAAAAAAUUUACAUUAUCCAAAAGCAAAAGGACCCGAGCAAAGCUCACCAGCUGAAGUUGGAAGUAAUUGUCAAAGCAUUGAAAUGGCUUGAAAUGGACAUUGAUGUGGAUGAGGUGGAGUGCAUAAUGGCAAUACUAAUAUACAAAAGUCUGGUAAAGGGAUACUUUGCACACAAGAGUAAAGUUGUGGUUUUAAGCAAGCAAGAUCCUUUCCCCAAGUUAAAUGGAAAGCCUGUCAAUUCGUAGAGAAAAUUGACAAAAGUUAUGACUGUGACAUGUUAUGCAAUUGUGAUGGGCCGGCCAGUUCACAUUAAGGGGGUGCUGCAUCAAACCAGAUCAAUCUUUUUCAAAGGGGAUUGUUUUUACCACCCUUGUAUUGAGUCACAUAUGAGGCAGCUUAUAAGCCAUGAUGAGAAUGGAAGGAGUCUCUUAUCUUUGGGGAUUGUUUUUACAUCCUUGUAUCAAGUCACGUAUGAGGCAGCUUAUAUGUUAUGAUGACAAUGGUAGGAGUCUCUUAUCUUUACUGCCCUAGUAAUUUCAGGGAGUUCGUUUUCUGACAGCUCACAGCAAUGUUGUAUGGUUCGUUAUUCACUUUAAUGUGUAAGGAAUAUCCUUCAUGUUCAAAGAUGAAUAGAAGUGAAUGUGUCCUCUUUUUUCUUGGAUUA